UUAGACUAUUCAUCAAAAAACAGUGGCUCUACAGAUAACGAGGAUAAAAAUCCUACCUAUAAUGACUGUGAUCUCAGCAAAGAAGAAUCUCAUCUUCUUAUUCUAGCCCAAGCCCUACGUCAUAAUUUACCAGAUGUAGCCUUACAAACUUCCAUAAAUUUAGUGGAUUGUCGUCUUCCAAGUGUUUUACAUGGCAGCAAGUAUAGUUUUUUAAAGCCAUGUCCUGAGCCAAAAGUGAUUGCUCAUUAUUUCUGUCCGAAAUGUUUAGUUUUAAUUAAUUUUGAAAACAUUAACAGAGCAGAAUGCAAUACUUGCAAAGUAGAAUAUAAUAAGAAAAAUUUAAAGAAAAACAAAAAUUACUUUUUUUAUUUACCACUAGAAGAUCAGGUAAAGCAAAAAAAAACAGAAAAAACUGUGACGAAAGUGACAUUGUAAAUAGUAAAGAAUACCUACGCUUAAUUGAAAAAAAUGUAAUCUCUGCGAAUGAUAUAACAAUUCAGUGGAAUACUGAUGGAAUAGCUGUAUCUAACUCAUCCAUUCGGUCCGUAUGGCCCAUUUUAGUGACGGUUAAUGAAUUACCCUAUCGGCUAAGAAAAAACAAUAUGCUUCUAUGUGGUUUGUGGUUUGGUAAAACAAAGCCACCCAUGAAUUUGUUUCUUCGACCAUUUGUAAAUGAACUUAUUCAUUUACAUGAUAAUGGAUUUACAUCAACUACGUUUCUUAGCAAUGAACCCAUAUUAAUUAAAGUACACACUCUAGUUUCUCCCGUAGAUUCUGGUGCACGUCCUGGAAUAUAAAACACGAAACAAUAUAAUGGGAAAUUCGGUUGUCCUUAUUGUCUUCACAGAGGAAAAAGAGUACCUGUAGAACGAGGAUUUUCGCGUGUCUAUUGCGGACAUAUGAAAAAAUUACGUACCUUGCAACAGCACAAUAGAGAUGCCGAAAGAGCAAAUGGAAAUGAGCCUAUUCAUGGUGUCAAAGGACAUUCUGUUGUAAGUCUUAUACCUUUAUUUCACAUCAUUAAAUCAUUUCCUCCUGAAUAUUUACAUUCAGUUUUAGAAGGGGUUACCCAAUUAUUACUUACUUCGCUUUUUAGUUCCAAUAACUCUAAAGAAAAAUGGUCUUUGAGUGGAAAAGCAAAUGAAUCAAUCAAAAUAAGCAAUCUUAUUGACCAGAAAUUGUUAGACAUGAAACCCCCAAGUGAGGUUAC